GAAGAAGAGAAGCAGGAGGCGGGCGUCACCGCGGGGACAAAAACAUUUCACCUCCAGCCUCCCGGACGGCAUGAAACACGCUCCGCUGACUGAAAGAAAGCUUUUAAUGUAAUUAUUAGAAAUAUUUUAAAUCUUUGCAGCCUAAAACAGAAGGGCCUCGGCUCCGCGCGCACACUCGUUUCCCUCUUUCUGCUGGAGGGAGCUAGCUUAGCCUGUUAGCUUAGCGGGACAGACCAGUGUCCGUGUGUGCGGGACUCUGGAGCAGCAGGAGCGGACUCAUCCACCCGGAGCUGCACCCGGACUUCACUUUACAACCGCAGCUGCACGGGCUGGGUCCAAACGCGGGUUUUGCACGCGCAACAACAACAAAGCAUCCCGAAAACAAAACAAGGAAGUCUGAAUGAACUUGGCUGCCAGCUAGCACCGAGCUAGCCCUGCAGCUGCAUUGCUCCAUCGUGCUCCUGCAGCUGAAGGACGGAGCCGUGCAGCCUCCUCUCCUUUCCCAAAGCGCCGAUAUCGAUUAAUCGGUGACACCAUCUGGGCGUGCAGUCGAUCUAUCGAUCCGUAUCUAACGGAGGUAACGUCAGACCGUUACUUUAGGUGCUCUGCCUCAACGACUCUGACCUGCGAAGUUGGAAAAGACACAAACGGUGCAGCGAUGAUUCCCGACAAAGCGCCGAAGGAGGACGUCUUCCACGGGUCUGAGGACCUGAGGAAGGAGGCUCACGUCCCCAGCUUUGAGAAAUAUAAAGAGCUCUACCUGAAAUCUAUAGAGAAUCCUGAAGAGUUCUGGGGCGACAUUGCAAAAGAUUUCUUCUGGAAGACCAAACACACGGGUCAGUUUCUCGACUACAACUUCGAUGUGACCAAAGGAGAAAUAUUCAUCAAGUGUAUGGAAGGAGCGUCCACCAACAUCUGCUACAACGUCCUCGACCGCAACGUCCACGAGAGGAAGCUCGGCGACAAAAUUGCCUUCUACUGGGAGGGCAAUGAGCCUGGGGAUGAGCUGACGGUGACCUACAGAGAGCUGCUGCAGAGGGUCUGCCAGUUCGCCAACGUCCUGAAGUCUCAGGGAGUGAAGAAGGGCGACCGUGUGUCCAUCUACAUGCCCAUGGUGGUGGAGCUGGUGGUAGCCAUGUUGGCCUGCGUCCGCAUCGGAGCCGUCCACUGCAUAGUGUUUGCAGGUUUCUCUGCUGAGUCUCUGUGUGAGAGGAUCAUGGACUCACAGUGUUCGCUGCUCAUCACAGCAGAUGGUUUCUAUCGAGGAGAUAAGCUGAUCAACCUGAAAGUCUUAGCUGACGAAGCACUGCAGAAAUGCAGAGACAAGGGGUUCCCAGUACAGAGGUGUAUAAUGCUGAAGCACUUGUCCAAAGAAGCAGAAGAGACUCCUCUGGGCUCUCAGUCUCCUCCGGCCAAACGUCCCUGUCCUGAUCUGCAGCAGGAGAAACAGGGGAGAGUAAGGAAAACACGUCCUGUUCCGCAGGUCCCGUGGAACCUCGAGGUGGAUUUGUGUUGGCACACUUUGGUCUGCGGAGCUUCAGACGAGUGUGAACCAGAGUGGUGCAAUUCUGAAGAUCCUCUCUUCAUCCUCUACACCAGCGGCUCAACGGGCAAACCUAAGGGAGUCCUCCACACAGUCAGCGGCUACAUGCUCUACACUGCCACCACCUUCAAACUGGUGUUCGACCACCAGCCCGACGACAUCUACUGGUGCACGGCGGACAUCGGCUGGAUCACCGGACACUCCUACAUCACCUACGGCCCGCUGGCUAACGGGGCCACCAGCAUCCUGUUUGAGGGCCUGCCGACGUACCCGGAUGUGAGCCGUAUGUGGGAGAUUGUGGACAAAUAUCACGUGACCAAAUUCUACACGGCUCCGACCGCCAUCAGGCUGCUGAUGAAGUACGGCAAGGAGCCGGUGCAGAAGUACAAGCGAGAGUCUCUGAAGAUUUUGGGGACGGUGGGAGAGCCCAUCAACCCUGAGGCGUGGCAGUGGUACUACACCGUGGUGGGAGAGAAGAGAUGUCCGAUUGUCGACACGUUCUGGCAGACAGAAACUGGUGGACAUGUGUUGACUCCUCUGCCUGCAGCCACACCCAUGAAACCCGGCUCUGCGACGUUCCCGUUUUUCGGAGUGGUGCCGGCCAUCCUGAAUGAGUCUGGAGAAGAGCUGGAGGGGCCGAGCGACGGAUACCUGGUGUUCAAACAGCCGUGGCCGGGUGUGAUGCGGACGGUGUACGGAAACCACCCGAGGUUUGAAACCACCUACUUCAAGAAGUUUCCUGGAUACUAUGUUACAGGAGACGGGUGCCGCAGAGACAAGGACGGCUACUACUGGAUAACAGGGAGGAUAGACGACAUGCUGAAUGUCUCCGGUCACUUACUGAGCACCGCCGAGGUGGAGUCGGCUCUGGUGGAGCACGAAGCCGUCGCCGAGGCUGCUGUGGUGGGACGACCUCAUCCUGUCAAAGGAGAGAGCCUCUACUGCUUCGUAACGCUCACUGACGGAGUGACGUUCAACAAAACGCUGGAGGCAGAACUCAAACGGCAAGUGCGGGAGAAGAUCGGUGCCAUCGCAACACCAGACUACAUCCAGAAUGCUCCGGGGCUCCCCAAGACUCGAUCUGGUAAGAUCAUGCGACGGGUGCUCCGCAAAAUCGCCUGUGACGAGCGAGACCUGGGCGACAUCUCCACGCUGGCCGACUCCUCGGUGGUCGAGCAGCUCUUCCAGAACAGAUGCUGCACCGGCGUGUGACGGCCCCCGGGAUCCUCGCAGGGAGGCUCCGACUGCAGCCGCACGCCAGCGGCCACCAACCCAACCAGGGAAGAAGAAGAGGAAGAAGAAGAAGAAGAAGAAGAAGAAGAAGAAGGAGGAGAAAUCCCAUGAACUUGGUCUUGUCCAACAAACAACCUUUAGCUCCUGAUGAGUACGACCGGUGUGCACUAAAAUGACCCCGCUGUCCUUUAACGUAAGAAAAAUCAGCAGCAGGCAGAGACACAACGUCUGUCUGGUUUCCCACUUCUGUAAAAGUAGAAAUAAGUCAAACGGCAACGAAGGAAACGCAAGAAUGAAUACGUCGAUUGGUCUGUCGAUUUAAAUGUUUUCCGCAGCCUGACAGAGUUGCUGCUGCUUUUAAAAACAAGGCGGUGGUGUGUUUGAGAGAAGCCAGAGGUUGUUUCUGUGAAAGACCGACCUGCAGUCCAGCUGCGUGGAAGAGGCAGAACAGGCUAACCUUUUGUUUUAACCUCAUGUUUCAGCCAAUAAUACGCAGCGAUAUCUGCAACUAACUGCUCCGUAAAAACAGUACCUGUGUCGUACUGUUGCACCACAGAGAGUUUUUGUUUCCCACCGUGGAAUCAGGCUGACGUGAAGUGCUACCUGUAACUGCCUUUAGUUAAAACAGCCGAAUGUCUCCUCCCCUCGCUCGCUGCCAUAGUACUCUUAUGUACACUGAUGAUUAGCUAAGUCUGGGAACGCUCAAUAUUUCUACCAGUUUUAAUUUCUAUUGUCAUUUUCUAAAAAAGAAAUUUAAAAAAAGUAGAUUUGUGUAAUUUUCUUUGUUUUUAUUCUCCUAAUUUUUGACAUAGGAUUUGUUGGGUUUGUCUGUCAGUGUGUCUGCACGCUUUUAUGUUCUUCUUUGUGUUUAAUUUGCAGAGAAGUGAUCGGCCCCCCUUUUUUUUUGUUCAGUCUGGUGGAAACUGGGAAAGUGUGUUCAGCGUCAUGUAGCUCAGGAGCUCCUCUCACAAAAGCCCCAAACCAGCUGCAGGUCUGAUACUCAAAAGGGAACACAAAACAAAAAAAAAACCUUUCUAAUUUAGUCUUGUCAUGUUAGGUAGUGUCAUGUUUCCAGACUGAGAAUGAGAUAACAUGGAUGUGAAUAACCAGUUUAUGAGGCUCAUCCAGGUUAUGAUUAUUUUCGGGAUGUGGCGUUCACACAGGUUUCUUUCAGAGUACUCCAGCUAGUAUAAUCGGGUUUCUCAUAAACGGAAUAUGGUGUUUACAUGCUCAAACGCAUAAAAGGGAUAAUCCAAAAACCUGAUCGUAAAUGGGUUAUUCAUGUCCAUGUAAACACACGCGAUGUUUCAUUAUAAGUUCAGAUUUUACCGAUUUCUCUGAUGAAAACAAGGUACCAGAGUCAAUCCUAAAUGGCUGUAAUUAUGUGAACGAAAAUUUAAAUUUGGUUAGUCUGAGCAUGAUAGGGUUCGGUUUUAAAAAUAAUACAGAGUGAAGUCCAAAGUCAAGAGUAAGAAAUUUGUGUCUUUUUUUCACUGCUUUGUUUUUUUGUGUUCCUGUUGACAAGAAUACAUCAGAGUAUUUAAAGCUUGCUUAGGCAGAAAUCUGGAAAAGGCUAAAAAAUGUGAAAAUAUACCUUCCUCAGGCAGUUCUCUGUCCUGAGGCUCUCGCACGGGACAACUGUUGGUGAAAUUUAGUGUUUUAAUGGGAUUAAGUUGACAAUAAUGAAAGUAUUAUUUGACUUCUCCAUCCUUUUUCGUUUUUUCGAAUAACAUUUCUGUCAGUCUGUGGGUCAAAAAACAGGGAUUUCCAAUCGAAAGACUUAAUCUUGAACUUCUUUCAUCCCAUGCUAAGCAAGUUUUCAUUCACAGCAUAAAACUGAGUCAAAUCCAUCAUUCUGAGCUAAUUUGGGGCUUUUAAGGUUUCUAUAGUAGACGACGUCUGUAAUUGUGAGAAUGACUGAUAUUGUGCGCUUUGAACCAGAAACAGGACCUCACAGAGAUUUAAUCAGAUUGAUUUUUUUUAAUGUUUUUGAAUUUGUUGCUGAUUGUGUCUCAAUGUGCCAACCUCAGUAACAGUGGAGCUGGAUGUAUAGAGCAGAUAAUUGUAUCUAAUGUGGAGGGAAAAAAAGUGCAGCUGCUUAUUUGAUUUAGAAGCUUUUUAUUUUUGUUUGUAUUAUAACUCGGGUGAAGGAAAGACAAUUUUGAUGUUUGUAUUUUUUUUUGUUUUUCUCUCUGUUCAUCCUCAGUUUGUGUUGUUUUCAUUUCUCUGUUUGUAUCGACGUUGUAUGCAAUGACAGUAAACGGACAUGACUACUGCCUCUCA